GGAUCACCAAUGAUGCGUGGAUGACGACGGCUGAAUUUUUUGUCCUCGAGUGCGAGGCCAUUGAGGUGAUCCAUGGCUUGAUUGAACUGAUCCGAUUCAGCUGCGUGCUCGUCACAUACUUGUGGAGUACGCACCAACAACGACCGGUAAUUUUCACGUGGCUUCUUGCGAACAUCCUUUUCCUCAUCUGUGUCUGGGUCAAUUCCUCCAUGUUCAUCCUCUGAUGGCAUGCUCUCGUCGGUGCUCUGAUACACUAACUGGAACGCAUAAUCCCA